CAUCGCCUCCACACAAAUCCAAACCGCGCCGCGGCUCUCUCCCUCUCCUCGUCGCACCCGGCCCGGCGGCGACAGCCAAAUAAAACAUCUCUCUAGCACACCGGUUCCGGCGCGAUGGCUGCCGCCAUCGCGCGGAUGGCUGCCGCCAUCGCGCGGAUGGCUGCGGCGGUCGCCUGCCACCUUCCCAGCUCCUCCGCAUGCCGCGCGGCGCCACCAUUGCCGCCGUCGUCGCGCGUCGGGGGGCUGAGGUGGCGGCGGCGGCGGCGCACGGUGGCGGCGCGGCGGAGGGGGAGGAGGCUCGGCCGCGGCGGCCUCGUCAUCGUGGACGAGUUCGGCGGGCAGUACGAGGAGGGUUUCGAAGACGUGCACACGGAAAUCGUGAACUACUUCACUUACAAGGCCACAAGCACGGUGCUCCAUCAAUUGUAUGAAAUGAACCCGCCAGCGUAUACUUGGCUCUACAACUACGUUGUGGUUAACGACCCAAAAGAGGGUAAACAUUUCCUCGUCGCACUCGCAAAGGAGAGGCAAGAUCUGGCAGAAAGAGUGAUGAUUACACGGCUUCAUUUGUACAGCAAAUGGAUCAAGAAAUUCGACCAUGCAAAAAUGUACGAGAAGAUCUCGAACGAGAAUCUGGAGAUAAUGCGUCAGAGGCUAAUGGAAACCGUAGCGUGGCCAACCGAUGACACAAACACCAGCGACACAGCAAAAUGAACGAUGGCUUAACAGCAACAAGCUUGAAACUUAUGUUGAGUACGACAGAUCCACUCAAUAAUGUGCUCUACGAAAAGUUCCUGCAGAUUGGAUUUUGACCUGAGUUACUCAUUUGUGCAUAUCAGUAACCCUGCAUCGAUAGAACAGUUGAUGUAUAUUCUCCUAGGCAGCAAGGGGAAAAAGACAUUUGAUGUAUAGUACUACCUUCGUUUCGUAAUGUAAAAUGUUUUCGUAAUGUAAAAUGUUUGACUUUUUUUGUUACAACUCUU